AUGGGGACGGGGACAGGGAGGACGGCGCGGGCGGCGGAUCCAUUUGAGGAGAUUCCGGUGGCGAUCGAGAAGGGUCCGAUGAGGGUUUUUUUCUCUUGGUCGUUGAUCUUUUUGGGGGUUUUUGAUGAUGCAAAGCGGUUCGCGAUUGCCAAUGGGGAUUCUGUAGCGUUUCUCUUUUGGUUUCGGGCCGUUGCUGUCUCCAGUCUCCACCGUCCAUGGCGGCUAUCGGAGCCCCUCUCUUCCCGCCAGGCUUCUCUCUUGUCUCCGCCAUCCUUGGUGACGACCGGACCAUGCCUCUUCCCGUCCGGCUUCUCUCCAGCCCCCCAUCGCCGGAACGAAGCUUCGGCUGCGGCAAGCUCCAAUCGGAAUCCGAAGCUCAGCUCAUCAUCGACUCGCAGAUUCGCUGUUUCAAAGGAGCAAGUAUCCUCCACAGCCAUCGGAACUGCCUUUCCUUCGUCGAGGCCAGCUAGUUUCGGAGAGAAAGGGACGCGCUACAAGAAGGAUGGAGAAAAAGGGUUGACGCCGUUCGCGGAGGACGUGGAGUUGGAGAGCGGACGGGAGAGGCUGAGGAGGUACUUCGACGAGGCUAAGGAUCUGACCAGAUGGGGUGGUGGACCGCCUCGCUGGUUCUCUCCUCUGGAGAACGGUUCUCCGUCGGAGAAGUUGCCCCUACUUCUCUAUUUGCCUGGAAUCGACGGCACAGGAGCUGGGCUUACUUCGCAUCUCAAGAAGCUCGGAAAGAUGUUUGAAGUUCAGUGCUUGCACAUCCCAGUCAUGGAUAGAACAUCAUUUCGAGAACUGGUGAAAAUGAUUGAGAGAACAGUAAGAUCGGAGAACGACCACUUCCCAGAUAGACCUAUAUAUAUUGUUGGAGAAUCACUUGGAGGCUGCCUUGCAUUAGCUGUUGCAGAGCACAACCCUGACAUUGAUCUUCUUUUAAUCUUGGCCAACCCAGCAACAUCUUUUGACAAGUCGCAAAUGCAAGCUCUAUUCCCUUUCUUGGAGUUAAUGCCAGAACAAUUGCAGCUAAGCCAUACUUUCAUCCUGAGUUUGAUGGCAGGUGAUUAUUCGAGCACGUUCAAGGCUAGCACAGAAAAAGGGCUUCCUCCACAGCAGACAGUGGGAGAGCUAUCAAAGGAUUUGUUGACGAUGUCAUCUUACUUAUCUGUUCUUGCUGAUAUUCUCCCUAAAGAAACACUUCUGUGGAAGCUUCAGAUGCUUGAAUCGGCUUCAGCAUAUACAAAUUCACGCAUUCAUGCUGUCAAGGCAGAGACUCUACUUCUUACAAGUGGAAAGGAUCGGUUAUUACCAAGUCAAGCAGAAGGUGCUAGACUAAACGACGCACUGCAGAGAAGUCAAAUCCGUAAGUUUGAUGACUGCGGUCAUUUCCUCUUCUUGGAAGAUGGUUUUGAUUUGGUAACCAUAAUUAAGGGCGUUGGUUUCUACCGUCCUGGAAAAGUUCUCAACUAUGUUUCAGACUACCUGCCACCAACUCCUGCUGAGUACAAAAAAAUAGAUGAAUCAUUCAGAUGGUUUGCUGAGAUAACUGGAACGGUGACGCUGUCAACUUUAGAGGAUGGGAGGAUUGUUAGAGGUCUGGAUGGGAUUCCAUCAGAGGGGCCAGUUCUGUACAUUGGCUAUCACAUGUUAUUGGGGCUUGAAUUGAGUCCUAUGAUUCGCCAAUUCUUGAACCAGAGGAACAUACUUAUACGAGGGAUAGCACAUCCUAUGCUCUUUGAUAAAUACAAAAAAGGACAGACGCCUAGACUGGAGGUUGGUGACAUUCUUCGGAUGGUGGGUACGGUACCUGUUUCGGGGACUAAUUUGUUCAAGCUUCUUUCGUCAAAAUCCCAUGUCUUGCUCUAUCCAGGAGGCGGGCGUGAAGCGCUUCAUCGUAAGGGUGAAGAAUACAAGCUCUUUUGGCCGGAGCAGUCUGAGUUUGUCAGGAUGGCAAUUAGAUUUGGAGCCAAAAUAGUGCCUUUUGGUUCUGUCGGAGAAGAUGACUUGGGCGAAAUCUUUUUCGAUUAUAAUGACCAAAUGAAGAUCCCGCUCUUGAGGAACCGGAUAAAACAACGGAUGGAAGACACUGCAAAAGCAAGGUAUAAAGCAACUGGAGAGGUAGCCAAUCAAGAUAUUCAUGUUCCUUGGAUUCGGCCAAAAAUUCCCGGCCGGUUAUAUAACUAUUUCGGAAAACCAAUAGAAACAGCAGGGUGGAAGCAGGCACUCAAUGACCGGGAAAAAUGUCAUGAACUGUAUCUACAAGUCAAGUCGGAAGUGGAGAGCUGCUUGGCGUACCUGAAAGAGAAACGAGAGAGCGAUCCUUAUAGGAGCAUCUUCUCCCGAUUGAUGUAUCAGGCCACACAUGGUUCCGCAUCUGAAAUUCCAACCUUCGAACUGUGACGAAAUCUCGGCCAAGAUGGGACCACAUUUGCUUUUGCAUUCAUUCCCGAAUAGCAUGAGCCACAGUUUUUACUGCACAGUUCUGGAUAUGCUAAGUCAAAAAUAAUUAUGGAUGGGGCUUCUUUGCUUGCCUUUUUCAAGCUCUUACUAGAUUUGCUCUUCAGUUUUCUUUUCUCCUUCUAAUUCAUGUGGUCUUUCCGGGCAGAGAAAGCUUUUGCCUUUCAGAACAGGUGAAUGCAAUAAUGGACGGGCUUUUCUAUCGCCAUGGAGGCCAUCAAGUGGUGUAUUUUGGCAUUAUUACUCUUCUUAUGCAAUCAUCGGCUUAUGAAA